AUGAUCGCUCUUAAAUAUAUAGGACCAAAUGGUUGGGGUAAGGAAGGCCCAUACGAUACCUUUGUCGCCGGGCUCCUGGGGGGUUAUCUCGUUUUUGGCAAAUCGCGGGGGAGCGUCAGCAAACAGAUUGUGAUAUAUAUUUUCGCUCGUGUGAUGCUUGCAAUGGCGAAGAUAUCUGUUGAACCCGGAACACAUAGGCUGUCGCAUCUUAUAACCCCAGAAGCCAGGGAUAAAAUAUACGCCAAUGCAUGGCCAGCCUUUGCCAGCCUCAGCUGGGCGUUCGUCAUGUACAUAUUCCGUUGGCACCCAGCAGCUAUCCAGUCAAGCUUACGGAGUAGCAUGACCUACAUCUAUGCGGACUCGGAUCACUGGGAUUCGCUAAGGACUCUGUUAAUACACAACAAAUGA